AUGCCUCCUCCUCCUAAAGCGCUUCCUCCAGGAGCUGAAGAGCCCUCUGUCUGGUCCAAGCGUACGUUCUCUUUCGCCAUGACGGAGCGGAGUUUCCCCCCUCAUCCCCACUUGGCAUGCGGCACUUCCCCGCGGACUUCUGUUCAUACUACGACAAAGUCCACCCACUGACGAUACCUUUACCUGCAUAGUCAAGAUGGGAGCCACAAUGGGAACCAUGUACGCAUCUUCGUCCCUGUCCGUCCCUCCCCUUCACUACCCGAUCUCAUGAUAGACCUCCUCCUCCUCCUCUUUCAUAACAGGGUCGGCCUCACCAUCGGGUUUUUGUUUGGAUCGUUCGCGAUCCUUCGCAACGGCGCAGGACCGAGAGGUUUCUUGCCCAGUCUGUCGACGUACAUGUUGAGUUCCGCCGCGACGUAAGUGAACCGCCUUCCAAAUCGAAACCCGCUCGGGGCUAUCGAUCCAACAAAAAGAAACCCCCGACGAUUCCGACCGCUAAGUUGACUUUUCUCCUUUGAUGAUCUAGUUUCGGCUUCUUCAUGUCGAUCGGCACCGUCAUCCGUACCGAUGGGCUCACCAUGCGCGAAUGGGCCGAGUUGGAAAUCGCCAAAGGAACCGCGAUCGGAUUACCUCCCGUUCCUUCUUCGUCACUUGCAGUGAGCGGGCAGAUGAGAAAGAAUGUCGGAGCCCCGUCGGAGAGGUUCUUGGGAAUGCGAGACGCGUUGGAGCAGAGGGUUGGGUCGGGGAUGGGGGCGAUGAGGGAUUGGGAGAAGAGGCGCAAGGGGAUGAUGUGA